CUUUUAAAAAUGGGCAUCCAAAGUUAUUACAGCAAUCUAAAGGAGAAAAUCCUGAAGAUCACAAAAAAAGAAGAACCAACCAAGGAACUGGUGAACCCUCCUCAAAGGCAUAAUCUUGGCGAGGAGAUACGUCUAUUGGUGCAUUCAAAAUCCUUUGAAAAUGCCUACAGAACAGCCGCCCCCUUUCUUUUUGCCAGUUUGGGGGCGUGGCCGGGGUAUUGGCUUUUCCGGGGAAUGGAUUAUCAAGUUCAUCGAUCGCAUAUUCCAUUGCCCAUCUAUAUAAGACAGACUUAUUAUCAAGCCAAAGUGGUGCAGCUUUUUAUUAUAUUGGCUGGCACUUAUACAGUGUUUAGAAAUAACAAUCAAUUGCGUUUGAUGAACACAAAUAGCGAGGGAAAAUUUUAGAGCCUGGAAAAUACUUGCAAUGGAUGUCCAUAAGAUAUUUAAAAAACUAAAUUCAAAAG